AUGCUUGACUCACGGUCACCACAACUCCAAAUUGCAAACAGUUACGGCAAAACUAGUUGGGUCCAUCACACUCACAUAUGUCGUCUUGUACAUCGGCCUGGCCACCUUAUUUAUGUGAACUUGCCCCCUCCACCACAGACUCUCCAAGCAAUGCCUGACUCAGCACCUCAUCCUUCCUUUGACAACCAUCCAUGUGUUUGCUUAGCGAAAUGGUUGGUUUUUACAUAUAAAAGGUUUACCAUGAUGUCUUUAAGGGCGUUACUGAACGCCAUUCAAAUUUGUCAGAAACAAAGAACAUUACAAUCGACCUUCCCAAACACUGGCAUCCCUGACAAUGCACUUGCUAAGAUCAUCACAAAAAAUCCCUUGAUUUUCAAUGUCAGUAUUGAUGACCUACAGGUCGUCAUUGAUUAUUUCAAAUCCAAAAAUUUCUCAGAGGCAGACAUCCCACAAAUUGUGAUCAGAGCACCACGUUUAUUUUUAAUGCCUGUUUCAAGAAUUGAUGGAAAGCUUGGAUUUUAUCAGAAAUUCUUCCAGCUCAGUGGCAGUCAAGUACGUGAAACAAUUUCUCGUCUUCCCAAAUUAAUUACCUAUGAUGUAAAAGCUAUCAAGGAUAUCCACUUCCAGAUGAAAGAAUUUCUUGGAUUCACUAAUUCUGACCUCCAGAAAAUAUUCUUGACCUCUCCCAGGGUUUUCCUUUCCAAUAAAUACAUUUUGACAAAAGUAUUUGACUAUCUUCACAAUGAGAUGGGACUGAGCCAUGCACAGUUGAUGCUGUGGCCAAACAUAUUCCGCACACGGUUGUACCGAAUUAAAGAACGACACGAAUUCUUGAAACACCUGAAACGGCACCAGUAUGACUUGGACAAGGAGAACUUUGUAUCACUGAAGACACUUGUCUCUGAUGAUGACAAGACAUUUUGUUUGAAUGUUGCAAAAUCUUCCACAGCAGAAUACAACCAAUUUCUGAAAACUUUGUAA